AUAUUUUUAAAAUAUGAAGUUUAUUUUAAAAAAAUAAUUUUAUAUAGUAAAGUGUCAUAUUUUGCUGAGUUUAUAUUUUUUUUAAUUAUGGCUGGAGUUGUUCCAAUGUCUGGAAAACCUUUUAGGAAACAAUGGUUUUUACAAGAUGGACCGCGAGGAUCUCUACGAGGCCUACGUUCCCAACUCGCCGAAGACGGCUGCGCAGAAUCCCAAGUAGUCCUCGCAAAAAAGCUCCUUGAAGAGCGCUGCGACCUAGACGUCGACACAGAAGAGAACGCUAAACUAGCCGUCUACUGGCUAACAAAAGCUUCCGAGCAAGGCAACCUAGAAGCCACAAAGAUCCUCCAGCACUGUUUCACGACCGGCCACGGAAUCACCGUGCACAACUACCACGACGCAAAAUUCUGCCUGGAGAUGUCGCAGCAAGAAAAACUAGCUCGCAAUGCCGCCCGGUUGCUCUUCACAGCGCUCUCUAACGGAGAAGAUUUCAUAACCUCCGAACAACUACGACGUCACCUAAGCCCCUCCUCCUCCUCCUCCUCCUCCUCCUCCUCCAGGAGUUCCCCUCCUCCUCUAGAAUACCUCUCGGACCCCGAAAGGAUCUCCGAGUCCCAACUAGUCUCCGCAGCAGCCUCCUACUCCCGCGGCCUUUUACCCUCCUUAUCCCCUCCCCUCCCCCUGGCCCCCUUCUACCCCCCCUGGACGGAACCAUUGAGCUUCUGCCGCCGCCUUUACCACAAGCUCCUCCUCCUGUCCCAAAACUCCGCCCUGUUCACCUCCAGAUUAUUCACCCUCCUCCUAAUCCUCACCUACUGCCUCUUAGGAACCGAAUCUCUCCUAUUAUUCCUCCCACUCCUCUUCUACUACCUCUCCUUCGUCCUAAUGACCUUCGCGACCCUCCAAAUGCUCCACUCAGGAACCCAACUGUCCACCUUCCGUUCCUGGUCCCGCCUCUUUAUCUCCUACUCCUCCUCCUUAAAUCCCCAAGAGGCGGAGUUUCAGUUCUGCCGGAACAACCUCAAGCCGUACGGCCACUUUUUCCUCUCCCUCCUCCUGAACCUCAUGAUCUACCCUCUGAUAGCCCACCAAUGGACUCCUCAGUCUGAAUUCACGCUAAUAGCCUUCACACUGACCCUCCUGACCCUCCUGAACUUCUCCUCUCCUGACCCUUUAGUCCUCUUUAGCUUCGCGAUUCACGUCCUAGCGAAGUAUCCUUACGAGCUAGACAUCGUAGUCGCUCAAACAUGGCGAUUUCUUGACAUCCGGGUCCCUACUUUCGCUUCUUACGUUAUUGGCAACUCCAUAGAAUUCUGCCUGAACUUUCGUGCGGUUUUCUAUUUACUAAUCCCGGCCAUUUUUUUGAAAUUAGCCGCACGGAACUCCUGGAAGGGAACCUACCAAUUAUUAAUCCCGCACUGCGUAACCUUAUCCUGGUGGCAGAUCGCCAUUUUGAGCUCCCAGGGAGCGACAAUGUACGGCCUGAUCCGUGCGGCUCUGGCUUUAGUAGGCGUGGUUAUGUUCCUGCCUAUAGUGGGCGUGGCCUCGAUAAUCCUGCCAAUUCUGGCGCUAACAAAGUACCUCCUAGCGGAUUGGAGGAACAAUUUAGCGACCGCCUUCCUCGCUGCGGUGCCUUUUGUAACCUUCUGGUACCGCCGUCGAUGGUUCAGCAGCACCCAAAUAAUCCUGGGACUUACCGCGGGGGCGUUCCUAAUCUGGCCGACGAAUCUAGACCCCGCCCCUUCUGAGUCACUCUCCUGGGAGGCGUAUCAGAACUUCUGCCACCAGCCAGCUUGGGAAGAAGCUCCUAAAGCUCAGGUCCAAGUGGCUUGCGACGCUCUGACGGAUCUGCCUGUCACCUGGGAGGGGUAUGUCACUGACGUCAAGCUCAGGCGGGUCAGAAACCCCCUCCGAGACUUUCUGGGCGGAGCUUGGGUCCCAGAAGGCGUGGCUAAGAAACUCAGCUGCCUUCUGGGGGAAAAGGCGGACUGUAAGGAGGGGAAUUGCGGAGUUUUGAUGAAGUUAAGGCCGUGUAAUGUUGAUGGGUGGAAUAAAUUUGAGUUUGAGGUUUUUGUUAAGAUGAAGAGCAGCUUGUGGGGGAGUCACAGUGAAAUUGUGCUAAAUGCCGGGCAUGAGUUUAAAAACUUUAGUCUUAAUAUUUAUCCCGGGGAUAAGAUUUGGUUUAAGGGGAGGUUGACUAAUGGAGGAGAGAGGGAGAAUUUACUGGGUGGGGUCAGGCCGCAUGUGAAUAUCGUUGAGGCCCAGUGUCUUUUGUGCCAUGUUGGGGAGCUCAGGGCGGGGCAGGGCGGAGUUAAGGAUAUAGUGGGGGUUAUUGUUAGUGGGGGGAAGUCUGUGCUUAAUUUUAUACUGAAUCCGCUGGUUAUUUUUCGGUGAAUUGUUAAGAUAUUCUCUAUGUGCCUUUUUGUAAAAUAAAAAAUUAUUUUGAAAGAAAAAUUAUCGUUUUUAUUGUGGUUUAUAUGAUACCCGGGAAAAAAGGAUUAGAUCUGAUUUAAAUUGUCUCUAUCUGACGAGAUCUGGCCAGAUAUAAACACGUCAGAAAGUUUUUCAAUGCACCUUGCAUUAGACUUGUCUCAUAUUCUUUCACAAGAUGUCUUGAGGUAGUUAUAUAUAAAUCUUGAAGCAGUUCUUCUACAUGAACUUGAGCAAGACAUGUAGAAAAAGACACUAACAACUAGGAGUUUUGCUCAAGACACUGGCACCUAAAUCUUGCUCAAGCACAUGUUACCUGGAUAGUACGCAGUUUGUAAUAUUAGAAGUAUUGUAUUGGUCUAACCGCAACUGUCCUAUUUUACCGGUUAUUGGUGAUUAAUUAUUAAGAAUAGUAAGUAUCGUCGAUAAUAAUCUAUUUUUGGUGAUUUUAAUUGGAGAUAUUAGUAUUGAUUGGAGGGGGAUAUUUUAUUCCAAGGAUAUGGGAGGGCUUUUAUUGAUUUAGUCGACAACUUGCUGAUACAAUUACACACUCAAGUAAAUUAAUUUAUUUUACUAUGGCCAAUCAAUGAGAUACUCCGUCGAGGAUAUUGGGAUGAAAGAGUUAUUAUUGAGUUUGUUAAAGUAUGAUAUUUCUGAUUGGAAGAAGAAAUGGUUACAUUUUUAAAAUGAAAAUUUUCUUAUGAUUGGUUUUUUCUAUAAACUCGAUAUUUAUCUCGGAAAUUUGAAAAUAAUUAAAAGAAAAUUAGUUACAUUUAUGUCAGAUACUAUUAACAACUCUUGGGGCCGUAUUAACCCGGUUUAGGGGGUCAGAAAAAUUUUUUAUUGAAAAAAUAAUUCUCUUACCUUAUUCUCUAUAAAAUUCCGCGUAAAAUGACGUAAAUAAACCCCUACUUUCAUCAGAACAAAGCUGAGAAAAACUCAGUAAAGAAAAUAAGUUACAUUUAUGUUAGAUGACCUUGAGAUUUUUAAAUUUUAUAGAUUUUUGGGGGAAUUAUGGGAGAUAGAGGAAAAUUUUUAGAGAUUUUUUGUAGGAAAUUUAGUGCUCUAUAAAAAAUGUCUCAUUGGUUUUUCCUAAACUCGAUAUUUAACCCGGAAAUUUGAAAAUAACUAAAAGAAAAUUAGUUACAUUUAUGUCAGAUACUAUUAACAACUCCUGUGGCCGUUUUAACCCGGUUUAGGGGGUUUAGAAAAAUUUUUUAUUGAAAAAAUAAUCCUCUUACUUUAUUCUCCAUAAAAUUCCUCGUGAAAUGACGUAUAUAAACCCUGACUUUCAUCAGAACAAAGCUGAGAAAAACCCAGUUAAAGUUUAGAACCUUAACAAAAAUUAAUUAAUGCUUGAUGUUAAGUCCCGAAAGUCCCAUACCGAUAUUU